AUGACGCGUGUCAUGCGAUCUUCCACGCGUAAGCGUACAGAAAUCAGUUUGGCCUCCAAUAAAAGGAGCGUAGUGAAAGCAGUUCAAAAUAAGAGUAAAGUAGUACCGGUGAAUCCAGAUCUGAACACGUCCGAAGUUGCUGUCGUCGAUAAGAUUCAAGAUGAAUCAACGACGACAACAAUGACGGCAGAACCGGAAGAAUCUGCAAGAUCAACAGACAAAAUGGAAAUAAAAGCAGAGCAAGACGAAGAAUCAGCUCAAAACAAAUGCCUCGCCAUAUCCAUCCCUCCAGAGAUUUUUAUUGAGAUAUGCAAGAAUCUACCACCAGCCGAUCUCUUAAGACUCGCGAGAACUUGCAAAACUUUUCAUGCCUGGUUAUCCUCCAAAGAGUCUGUCACGACUCAACGAAUCUGGGCCGCCUCUAGAAAAGAAUUCGUCCGAUAUCUUACUUUACCACCUCCCAGAGGAAUGGACGAGAUUGCGUAUAUACGUCUUGCUCUAGAGAAAGGAUGUCAAAUUUGCGGCGCUAAACUUGUGCGAAAAAUCUAUUGGGCGUUUCGUGCUCGGAUUUGUGGUUCAUGUUUUCAGAGAAAGACUAUCACGAAUCACGAUAUCAAAACAGAUGCAAGGUUUAAACGUCGUAAUACGCGCAAUAUCUUGGCAGGCCUUCCAUUUGUUGAUGCACAUGUAUUUCGUAGACUUGGCAAUCGACGAUACUAUUGGAUUGACGACGUGUUGGAAAAUGCAAAAACAUAUAAAUCUCUCCCUUCCAAAAAACGUCAGGAUUGGUUGAUUAAGAGACAGAAAAAAGGUGCGAAACUCAUGAGAAAUGCGAGAGCUCUUGAAAUGGCAUUCCUUAGAGAAGAACGAAUCCGAUCGAUAGAAUUAAGAGGUUUACUUCUUGCCAAAAGAGAAGAACUCCAUAAGAGAACCGAAAUUAUGGCUCAGACUAAAGACGCAUCAAAUAAUUUUUAUGAUAUCGAUCGUCUUCGGAGAUGUGCGUCUUAUCAAAAGGCAUAUAAACGCCCGUAUCCCUUGACUGAUCGUGCUUGGAACAUGUUGUAUAGAAAAUUGGUUAAAGAGUAUAUAUAA